AAAAGUUUGUAUAUUAAACAAAUAUACACACAUAUAUCGAAAUAUAUAUACAUAAAUUAUUUUGUGUGUGCGAGCGAGAAGGCAAUAGACAAAAGUGCAAAGAGAGCCAAAAUAAAGCAAGCAGUUAGUCAACAUGGAAUGACCCAAGCUGCUUGUGCUGGAACACACACGUGCUCGGAAGAUGCUGCAACAGCCAACAACAACAGCAGCAGCAGCAACGCCAACAGCAACAGCAACAACUGAAGCAGCAGCAGCAACAAUUGCUGCAACAGCUGCAACUGGCAAUGGGCAGCGACGUCGCGUGGCAGCUAGCGACAGCUGCGGCACUCAUAAUAAAAGCAACAACAACAAACUAAAGUCACAGCCAAUGCAUUCCAACGAGGAGCCGCCCACGUCGGUGAUCGUCGACGGCGGCAACCAGCAGCAGCAGCAGCAGCAGCAACAGCAGCAGAAGCUGCGACGCAGCGCCAGCGCCAGCGGCAGCAGCGGGCAGCAGCAGCGACUGCGCAAGACGAGCUCAUGCAGUGCCAGUGCCAGUGCCAAGGCCACGCCCACGCCGCACACGCGCCGCCCACACAGACAGCAUUCGAAUGCCUCUGACUCGAUGCAAAAGCAACAGCAGCAGCAGCAACAGCAGCAGCAGCAGAAGCAACAGGAGCAAUCGCAUCGCUAUCAGCCAGCUGGACGCGCUGGCAGCAAGGAACGCACUGAGGCGGCGCGUAGGCGUGGCACACGCCGCCACAGCGUCGCCUCGACGCUGAGCGAGGCAACAGCUGGCGCCGUCCAGCGUCGCACGCGCGACACCGGCCGAGACUCGGCCGGCAGCUCCUCGACGGCGUCCAGCUGCAACGGCAGCUGCAGCUCCGACGAUGGCGACUCGACGCACUCGUCCUCCUCCUCGUCCAGCUCGUCGGGCGAGCCGAAUCUGCCCUACCCAGGCUUCCCGGAGAUUGCCAUGAAGGCGCUCACACAGUACACGCGACCGCGCAACUGGUGCCUGAUGCUCAUCACCAAUCCGUGGUUCGAGCGCAUCUCGAUUCUGGUUAUCCUGUUGAACUGCAUUACCCUGGGCAUGUACCAGCCCUGUGUGGACGAUACCUGCUUGAAGCCGCGCUGCAAAAUAUUGCAGAUCUUCGAUGACAUCAUCUUUGCCUUCUUCGCCCUGGAGAUGACCAUCAAAAUGGUGGCCAUGGGCAUGUGCGGCAAGAACACCUAUUUGGCCGACUCGUGGAAUCGACUGGACUUCUUCAUCGUGCUGGCCGGGCUGCUGGAGUACGUGAUGCAUGUGGAGAACCUGAACUUGACAGCGAUACGCACGAUCCGAGUGCUGCGGCCGCUGCGCGCCAUCAAUCGCAUACCCAGCAUGCGAAUUCUGGUGAUGCUGCUGCUGGACACGCUGCCCAUGCUGGGCAAUGUGCUGCUCCUCUGCUUCUUCGUGUUCUUCAUCUUCGGCAUUAUCGGUGUGCAGCUCUGGGAGGGCAUCUUGCGACAGCGCUGCACUCUGGAGCGACCCGAGGGCAUGAUCUAUCCCAUAACGGGACUACCUGAAGUGUACAGAGUUCGAGUCCGUGUUAACUCGAAAAACCAUCAGUUUCUAUUGCAAAGCCUCUCGCAAUAUUACGAGUUCUCCAAGGAUCAGGACUAUAUCUGCUCCACGCCCGAGGAUUCGGGCAUGCAUCUCUGCGGCAACUUUCCGCCGUAUCGCAUCGGAUCACUGGUCUGCACUGAGGAGGCCAAGCUACUGGACCUGAAUGAGCCAACGAAUACCUCGUGCGUGAAUUGGAAUCAGUAUUAUACGACCUGCAAGCAGAGUGGCGAGAACCCCUUCCAGGGCACCAUAUCCUUCGACAACAUUGGCAUGGCCUGGGUGGCCAUAUUUCUGGUCAUCUCGCUGGAGGGCUGGACGGACAUUAUGUACUACGUGCAGGACGCGCACAGCUUCUGGGACUGGAUCUACUUUGUGCUGCUAAUUGUGAUUGGCUCGUUCUUCAUGAUCAACCUGUGCCUGGUCGUCAUUGCCACCCAGUUCUCGGAGACGAAGAAGCGCGAGAUGGAGCGCAUGCGGCAGGAGCGCGCCCGCUACACGUCCACGUCGACGCUGGCGAGCAGCACCAACAACUCGGAGCCGGCCACGUGCUAUGCCGAGAUAGUCAAAUACAUAGCCCAUCUGUGGCGACGCUUCAAGAGACGAAUGUUAAAGAAGUACAGAUUAUAUAAGUAUCAGAGGCAACAGCGGCGCGAGGGUCUGCUGCCCAAUGCGGAUAAUCUCACGUUUUCGCCGUCGCGCAUCAAGUGCCAUCACCCGAACUGCCCCAAGUACAGUAAUCGCAAGCCGUCCAGCAUGCAGGAUCAGAUGAUUACCGUUAUGGUGCCGCUCAAUUCCAACAACAACAACAACAAUAACAACAAUAGCAGCAACAACAACAGCAGCAGCAACAAUGGCAGCGGCAACGGCGGCGCUGGCGGUGCCAGCGCAGCUGCCGGUGGUGCUGGCAGCAACAGCCAGAAUCACACCACUGUGGCAUUGAUUAAUGGCAUCAACGGCAGCACCGCCAGCGUCUCGAUGGCCCAGCAGCAACAGUUGGUGGCAGGCGGUGCCGCCUCCCAGGCGCAACUCUCCUCGUCGGACAACACGGAGCAGUCGCUGGGCGAGGGCAGCGGCUCGGGCGUGGCCCGGCGCACCUCCUCGAUGAAGAAACCCACCGCCCACCAUGGCCACGGCCUGCAGCUGAAGCCGGACUCAACUGGUGGCGAGCAGAAGACGAUUCUGCUCAAGCUGCCACAGCAGGUCAUGGACUCGGACCAACUGAUCCUGCAGUUGGGAAAUUUAGGCAAGAGCCAUCCAUGCACCUCGGGCUUUCUCAGUCCGCCCACCUCGGCCAGCCGUCGUCCCUCGGUGAUGUUCAAUGAGUACGUGCUGCUGCACACACCGCCAGCGUUAAGCAACGAGCCAGCAGCAGCUGCUGCUGCCACAACAACAACAACAGCUAUAGCAACCACUGCAACAGCAGCAGCAGCGGCGGCAACAACAACAGCUGCAGCAGCAAUAACUACAGCAACAACUAGCAUUGGCAGCAACAGCGGCGGCAACAUUCACUCCAUGGAGAAGAUGACACAGGCAGGUGACGGCAGCAUUUGGCAGGUGAAUCUACCGCAAAGCAUCGGCACCAUCGCCAAUCCGUAUGCCGAGUGCUCUGAGCUGGGUAUACACGAUGCGAUGACUUGUCAAGAGCUCUUAGCGUUCUCUGUGGCAUUUUCAGCGGCGCUGCCGACGGGUCAGAGUACGCUCGAAUCGUUCUACUCGUCGCUGGCGCGCUGCGAUCCUCACACGGUCGAGGCCCUGAACAAGGUGCAGCAGCAGAAGCGUCUGACAGCUACAGCAGCAACAACAGCAGCAGCAGCAGCUGCAACUGCAGCAACACCAACAGCAACAACAGCAGCAACAACAGCAACAGCAGCACCGGCAACAGUUGCUGCUGCCGCUGAUAUACUCGACUCGAGUGCAGAUUUGCCGGCACCGGGCCUGAGCCUGGAGCUGGCUGCUGUCUCGGCGGCUGUGCCGAUGGAGAAUCGGCGCAAGGAGCGGCCGCAUUUGCCCCACAAUAACAACAAUAAUAACAACCAUAACAACAACAACAACAACAGCAAAAGCAAUCACAGCCGCAACACGGGCGGCGGACAGCGUCACCAUGGGCGCAGCCACGCCCCCACCGGCAACUACAUGGAGGACUAUGCCUGCUGCUACGAUCUGUACCAGAACGCCCUCUCGCCCCUCGACGAGCGCCAGCAUCCCCGCUCCCCAGCCCUGCGCCUGCUCAUCGCCGUCUACCGCUGCCUGAUGCGGGUCUGCAGCUGGAUCCGGCGAUACAUCAAGCGGCUGGUCGAGCACAAGUACUUCCAGCAGGGCAUCCUCCUGGCCAUUUUGAUCAAUACGCUCUCGAUGGGCAUCGAGUACCACAAUCAGCCCGAGGAGCUGACGGCCAUUGUUGAGACGAGCAACGUUGUCUUCUCCGGCAUCUUUGCCGUCGAGAUGCUGCUCAAGGUAAUUGCCGAGGGACCCUUUCGCUACAUAGCCAACGGCUUCAAUGUCUUCGACGGCAUCAUCGUCAUACUCAGCGCCAUUGAGAUAUGCCAGACGUUUGCGGGCAACGGCACUGGCGGCGGCGGCUCAGGUCUGUCCGUCCUUCGCACCUUCCGUCUGCUGCGCAUCCUGAAGCUCGUUCGCUUCAUGCCCAAUCUGCGGCGUCAACUGUUUGUCAUGCUGCGCACCAUGGACAAUGUUGCUGUCUUUUUCUCACUGCUCGUACUCUUUAUAUUCAUAUUCAGCAUACUCGGCAUGUAUCUGUUUGGCGGUAAGUUUUGUAAAUUUUUGGAUGAAUCCGGACUCGAACGCGAAUGCACGUGUCCCGAAAUAAUCAGCCGACAUCCGCAAUGUGAAUGCGAUCGUAAACACUUCAACAACAUUUUGUGGGCCACUGUCACAGUUUUUCAAAUACUAACGCAAGAGGAUUGGAACGUUGUCCUAUUCAAUGGCAUGGAAAAGACAAGUCAUUGGGCCGCAUUGUAUUUUGUGGCUCUAAUGACUUUUGGCAAUUACGUGCUGUUUAAUUUAUUGGUCGCCAUUUUGGUUGAGGGAUUCAGUUCAGAGCGAAAUGAACGUCGCGAACGCGAACAACGUGAAUUGGUUAAGAAACUGCGUGAAGAAACAUUGGCCGAAAAUUAUAGCGAUGGUAUGUACGAUGAAUCACGCAGCGAAGCGGAUUCAUCGACCACAAACGAUAGUUACUACGAGGUACGCAAUCGCUGGCGCAGUGCCGAGGAUGUGCGCAAGCAGCUGCAGGAGUCAGCCGAGCUGAACAUCGAAGCCAAGAACAACAUUCAUCGCCAGCGUCUGCUGCAGCCCAUCCAGGACUAUCAGAUCAACGAGCUGCCCGCCCAAGGCGCCAGCUCUGCGUCGCUGGGCAAUGCCGGCGACAAGGAGGGCGAUGCCAAGCCACGCGGCGGCCUCAAAAAGACAUACUCGAUCAAGGAGCGACGCAACGAGGCGCCACGGUUAUCGAAAAUGCGUCUCAUACGCGAUCCACCGCUCAUCACAACUACAGCGGCCACGCCCCAAGAUUCGCCAAGCACCACGAUGGAGCCGGGCAUGAGUUUUCGCCAAUGGGGCGACAUGGAGCCCGUGCCGCCGUCGCCGUCGCUGCUGAAGCCACCGAACAUUUUCAGCGGCGGGCAGCGGGUUCUGGACGAGGGCAUACCGGCCAUAGAUCUCAUACCGCCAUCGCCGGUGCUGGCGCACAAGCCGCUCAACAUACUGAAUGCCAGCCAGCUGCAGGGGCAUGCGGGCACUGUGGGCGGCCUGGGUGGGGCAGGAGUUGGCGCGGGCAUUGGAGCUGGUGGUAAUGGAGGGAGCGGAGCAGGUGGCGUUGGCGGUGCUGCGGCUGGCAGCUCCAGCCUGUCCAGCGGGAGCAGCAAUCAGCUGAGCAGCCUGCUGCCCAGCGCCCUGGCCAGCAGCAUGCACAGCGUCAUCAUCGACGACAUCUCGAAGAAUUCCAGCACGAGUGCCGCAGCCACGCCCAUCUAUGUGCCCACCAUAUCGUCGGUGGCAUCGACACUGCAGCCGCCGACCGAGAGCCACAGCCACAGCCUGAAUCUAUCCGAAUUGUCGCUCAGCUCAGCUGUGGGCGGCGCCGGUGGCAGCGUCGGCUCGACCAGCUCCUCCAGCGAACGUCUGCCGCUGGCACCGCCGAGCAGCUUCAAGCAGCGCUUCCGUCGCUCCAGCUCCAAGAAGCGGCCCAGCCCACACCCACAGCGCCCCGACGACCAACACCUGGCCGACGAGGAGGAGCCGCAGCUGAACAACGGCAGCGGCGACAACAGCUACCUGCUGCGCAGCAGCCCGGUGCCAGCAAUGGGCAUGGCAGCCGGCGGCACAGGGCCCAAGGACACGAACCGCCUGAGUCCACAGAACUCGAUUCGCCGGCUCUCCAACACGCUGAGCAUUGGCAGCGGCCCGGGCAGCCGACGCGCCUCGGCGUGCAUCUUCAACUCGCAGGUGUAUCAGAACCUGAACCAGCCGCCGAAGCUGAGGGCGGGCGCGGGCCAGCGGCGCAUGAGCUCCAUUGAGCUGGCCUUCAGCAAGACGUCGCACCUGAAUCUGCACAAUCUGGAGGCGAAUCGCAAGUCGUUGUCCUACACCAACUCGAAGAUCGACCUGGACAAAUGGCAAAAGUCCUACAUGACGCUCAACGAACCGGACAUGCUGCAACAGUACAUGGAGGCGCGCGACAAGCGCAAGAACUCCAUCAGCCACUACAAUCUGAAGAAGCGACUCGAGGAGAAGGAGCUGCAACAGCUACAGCAGCUGCACCAGCAGCAACUGCAACAGCAGCAGCAGCAACAGCAACAGCCACAGCAACUGGAGUCCCAGCUGCCGCCGCAGCAGCUGGCCAAGGAGCUGCAGCUGCUGUCCAUGCAACGACAUUCCAUGGUGCCGUGCGGCUCUAGCGGGGAGCACGUCUCGAAGCUCAAGAUGGUCAUACAGCGUCUGACGCCAAAGCACUUUACCGCCGAGCGUGAGUCCUACUCCAUGUACAUCUUUCCGGAGGACAACAGGUUCCGGCAGAUCUGCACGUGGUUCGUGAACCAAAAGUGGUUCGACAAUGUUGUGCUGCUCUUCAUAGCGCUCAACUGCAUAACUCUAGCCAUGGAAAGACCAAACAUCCCUCCAAAUAGCACCGAACGAGUGUUCCUAGCAACAGCCAACUACGUGUUCACCGUCGUCUUUACUGUCGAAAUGUUCAUUAAGGUAGUUGCCACGGGCAUGUUUUAUGGCCCGGAUGCAUAUUUCACAUCCGGCUGGAAUAUAAUGGAUGGAUCUUUGGUUACAAUUUCGAUAAUUGAUUUGUUAAUGUCAUUGAUUAGCGAGUCGAGCCCGAGGAUAUUUGGGAUUUUAAGGGUGUUUCGUCUACUUCGUUCCCUACGGCCGCUGCGUGUGAUCAACCGAGCGCCGGGUCUGAAACUAGUCGUUCAAACGCUCUUAUCAUCCCUGCGUCCCAUCGGGAACAUCGUGCUGAUCUGUUGCACCUUCUUCAUCAUCUUUGGCAUCCUCGGCGUCCAGCUGUUCAAGGGCACCUUCUUCUACUGCGAGGGCGAGAACAUUAAGAACGUACGAAACGCCGACGAGUGCCGUCGCAUACCGGGCAACGUCUGGACGAAUCGCAAAUACAAUUUCGAUGACCUCGGCAAGGCGCUGAUGUCCCUCUUCGUGCUCAGCUCCCGCGACGGCUGGGUGAACAUCAUGUACACGGGCCUCGAUGCCGUCGGCGUCGACCAACAGCCGAUCGUCAACUACAACGAGUGGCGGCUACUGUACUUCAUAGCGUUCAUAUUGCUGGUCGGCUUCUUUGUGCUGAACAUGUUUGUGGGCGUGGUGGUGGAGAACUUCCACCGUUGCCGCGAAGAGCAAGAGAAGGAGGAGAAGAUCCGGCGAGCCGCCAAGCGAGCGCUCCAAAUGGAAAAGAAGCGCCGGCGCAUGCACGAGCCGCCCUACUACACCAACUACUCGCCCACCCGAAUGUUCGUACACAACGUGGUCACAUCGAAGUACUUCGACCUGGCCAUAGCCGCCGUCAUCGGGCUGAAUGUGGUUACGAUGGCCAUGGAGUACUACAAGAUGCCCAUUCCGCUGCAAUACGCGCUGAAGAUCUUCAACUACUUCUUCACGGCCGUCUUCAUACUGGAGGCGAACAUGAAGCUGGUGGCACUGGGCUGGCGGCUCUACCUGAAGGAUCGCUGGAAUCAGCUGGACGUGGGCAUUGUUCUGCUCUCGAUCGUGGGCAUUGUCCUCGAGGAGCUGGAGACGAACAUCAUCCCCAUUAACCCGACGAUAAUACGCGUGAUGCGCGUGCUGCGCAUCGCCCGCGUCCUCAAGCUACUGAAGAUGGCGAAGGGCAUACGAGCACUACUGGACACCGUCAUGCAGGCCCUGCCCCAGGUGGGCAACUUGGGGCUGCUCUUCUUCCUGCUGUUCUUCAUAUUUGCGGCGCUGGGCGUGGAGCUGUUUGGCCGGCUCGAGUGCUCCGACGAGAUACCCUGCCAGGGACUUGGCGAGCAUGCGCACUUCGCCAACUUUGGCAUGGCUUUCCUCACAUUGUUUCGCGUAGCGACUGGCGACAACUGGAACGGCAUCAUGAAGGACACGCUGAGGGAUAACUGCGAUGACGCCGCCGAUUGCGUGCGCAAUUGCUGCGUCAGCUCAUUUAUUGCUCCCAUAUUCUUUGUGAUAUUCGUUCUUAUGGCGCAAUUCGUUUUAGUGAACGUCGUCGUGGCUGUUUUGAUGAAACAUCUCGAGGAGAGCCACAAGCAAAUGGAAGACGAGCUCGACAUGGAGGUGGAGCUGGAGCGCGAGCUGGUGCGCGAGCAGGAGUUUGCCCAGGAGCAAAAACUGUGCCAGCAGCUGGCGGAGGCGCAGGCCAAGCUGCCCGCACCGCCCAGACCCCUGGCCAAGGUCAAAUCCCUGCCCAAGAACUUCAUCUACAGCACACCCUCCCUGGACAAGAAGUUCCCGAGCGUCAGUCUCACUGGCAGCACCGCCAACAACAUUGCCGCCGGCGCUGGCCAGCGGCGUCAGACCGUGCAAUACUUCAACCAGCAGCAGCAACAGCAGCACCUGCAACAGCAGCAGCAACACCAGCAGCAGCUGCAGCAGCAGCAUCCACAUCAACAGCAGCAGCGGCAGCAGCACCAUCUGAGCCUGGCUGAGAUGGGCAGCGCGCUGACGCCUCAGAGCUUGAGCGCACGGUUGGGGGAGCCCUUCGGCGGCGCUAUGACGGCAGCUGGAAGCGGUCCGGGCUCCGAGCUGCUGGGCUUGCAGCUGCCGCCAUUGGGCCGCCGCGGGCGACGCGCCUCCGCCGCCGCCGGGUUCCGUAAGCGCGGCGUGCUGUCCAAGGAGCGAUCGCUCGACGAGCAGGCCAUCAGGCGACGCAACCUGGAGGCGAAGCGCACCAGUUGCGACUCGUUGCCUUGGGGCGGCGAUGCGCUCGACUAUAGGCGUGGCACCAUCUUCGAGAGCCUCGAAUCGGAUCCCGCCUCCAGCUAUGACCUGGACGUGCGCAGCAUACGCAGCGCUGAUGUCCCCAGGCCGCGCGACGACGACGAGUCGCUGGAGCCGCUGGCUGUGGUCAGUGCUCUAGUCCAGCCAACGGCAACGCCAUCGUCGCCCCCCAUAACAACAGCCACGCCCACGCCCACGCCCACGCCCUCGCCAACGCCAACAUCAACGUCUAUGCCCCAGCCCCAGCCCCAGUCACAGUCACAGCCACAACAGCAGCAUCCGCGCCGGCCCUUUGGCUGGUCACAGUCGGUGGAUCAGGGCUGCCUGCUGGGCCCCGGCGGACGCAGCAGCUUGCUGCUCUCGGUGCCACGUUCGAUGCCCCCUCGCAGUCGCAGCGGCAGCACGAAGCAGCUCUUCAAGCAGCAGGCGCUCGAUGAGGACGCCGACAUGGAUGAGAACUCGCUGCUGUUGCCCGCCACGCAUCUGGCAGCAACUGUUGCUCCCAGCUCGGAGCACCCAACGGCAACAGCCACAGCAGCGGCAGCGGCAGCGGCAGCAGCAGCGAGCGACGUUGACGGCGACAGCGAUGCCGUCGACGUCAGCAGCGCAGCGGGCCUAAGCAAAUCCGAUUCAGCGGACAUCAUGCGCAUCAUCAGCGAGCGCAGACGCAUGGAUCAGCGGGAUCAGUGCGGGAACGAGGACAGCGACUACAAUGAGCUGCUCCUGGUCAAGUCGCCGCAAUCCUCAACGGACUAAGCCCUCGGGAGAGAGAGAGAGAGAGAGCGAGUUGUCUCUGUCGCUCUCUUGCAAUCUCUCCCUCCUCUUUCUGUCUGUCACUCUGUCAUCCAAUCAUCAUACCUUGAAGCAGGCUUACUAUAAGUAGUUUUAAGCACUAUCGAUAAACGAUAACACGACAACACAAAGCUCGCCUGUUAGCAUAAGCAUACUAUAGCCAUAUCCCCCCACCUCUCACACAUUCUCUCCCUCACUCAACCGCACACAGGCUUGCUGAGAGUGUGUUUUAUGCGCAUUUUGGUGUUAUCGAUAAACGAUAAAAAUAUCAAGAAGCAAGCCUGUACACCUGUUAUAUACUUAUGCUUAUCUCACUCGAUCACACACUCCUAUUACAGAGAAACACACACACACAAAUUAUGGAGGGCUCUAAUGAAACUUCAAUAAUCGAUAACACAUGGCUGAUUUUGUACAGCUUUCUCAAUCUCACCAAAUGAGCAUUUCAUGUGCAUUUAGGCAUUAUCCAUACAUCGAUAGGGCAAGUAACCCAAUCAGUGUCCAUUGCUCUUUCUUUUUCUAAAUUUCACAUUAUCGUUAAAUCGAUAACUCGAUAACACAUAGCAAGUCUGUGCUAGUAGCUGCUCUCCCUCUCCUAUAGGCUCUCACUAAUGUACAGACUUGCUAGCAGAGAGUUCCAUGCGCAUUUAAGUAUUUUCGAUAAAUCGAUAACACAUUGAUAGUAUAAACAGAAGCAAGCCUGUUAGCAUACACUCUCUACCCCACACUUACUUUCGUAACUAUAACUUUAGGGAAUUUUCCAAGUGCUCAGUUUGAAGAUGGCAAAACAAAAAAAAAAAAAAAAAAAAACAAAAAUCGAAAAAAAGAAGAAAGAAAAGAAGAAAAAGAAACUAAAACGUUAGCUUUUAGCCAAUUACGAUUAACGAUUAACGAUAAACAUUACUCACUAGCGUUUAGGUGUUUAACUGUAACUAUAACUGUAACUGUAACUAUACAAAUUAACUAUAACGAUAACGAUUACAAUUACGAUAACUACUCAUCGAGCGUUCUCUACCAAAACAAAGCAAAACAAAACAACAAAUGGUCAACUGUUUUUAGUGCAAUCUACGGUUUUCAUAAGUUUAGCAAAAACAAAAAAAAAUUUGAAAAGAAAAAAUACUACAAAUAUACUUAAAAAGAUGAAAAUACUAAACAAAAAUCAAUCAUUGCUUAGAGCGUUUUCCGUUUCAACCACAAAAUGGAUGAGAAAAUAAGAAAAACCAAAAGCUGAUUUAUGAUGAUUAUAUGGAACUAAAUGUAUGUAUAUAUAUAUAUACAUAUAUAAAUAUAUAUAUAUAUAGAAGAGUUAUAUACACAGUUAUACACUACAAUAUAUAUAUAUAUACAUGUAUGUAUGAAUAUUGUGAGCAGAAAUAUAUAUAUAUAUAUAUACUGAAAAAAAAUCAUCAACUCUGUGAUUAGCUCUUAAAGUUUAAAUGGAUUUAUAUAAAAAGAAGAAGAAGAACAAGCAAAAACAAUUAAAGUACUUGAGUAUGUAUAUAGAUCAUCUUAUAUAUAUAUAUAUAUACAUAUAUACAUAUACUAUAUGUGUUGUCUGGUAUUUUAUGUAGUCUAGUAUUAUUAUUGCUGCAGUAUUCAGUAUAAAUACACACACAAAUGGAUAAGCAAUAGAAAAUGAUUUUUUUGUAGCUCGUUAAGAUGGUAUAAACUAACUUUAAGCAUAACACACACGAAACAUACUAAAAUACCAACAGAAAGAAACCGGAUAUACCAUGAAAAUACCGAAAUGUUGCCCCUUUGUGCGUAAAACCAAAUAAUUGAUGUAACAAAUACAUAUACGAAUUUACAUAGGUACUUAACACAGGCAUACACACAUGCACACACACACACACAGCAGCAGCAACUACUAGCGUUGCUCAUUUUAGACAAUCUUUCGUACACCUCUAGCGCGCUAUCCUUCUGGCCUUUACCCUAGCGCAGUUUCAAUUCUCGCUCAUUGACAUACAAAUUGUGCCAAAAAUACAACAACAAGAAAAUACUUUUAAAAUACUGAGAACACACACACACACAGAAAGUAAGGGUAAUUAGUGUACGUUAAGUUUUUUGAGUAGUUCAAAACGAAGAGAUCGGUAACUAUUAAAAUUAAAAGCAAAAAAAAAA